UCCAUAUAUAUUUGUGCCUGAGAGAGCUUUGGCUUGGAGGUAGCCAGGAGUUCCUCAUCCUUGUAGCCAAUGACUUAUAGUUAAAGCACCCAGAUUUUCUCUUGAUUCCUUGUCCUCCCGCUCUUUAAAAAAAUGUUAGUUUCCUCUUCAGUUGCAACAUGGACAGACUGUGGAUCGUCUUCUAACUACCCUUUGUGCACCAUGGCUUUUUUUCAUUCUAAAUUAAGAUCUUCCUUUCUCAGAAUGGAACCCUUCACUGUCUCUUUUCUCCCAAGUUCAGAAUUUCUCAAACUUAGCUCCUUCCAUUCUUUUCAGCAUAGUGAUCUUAAACUUAGGCAUUCAUUCAAGUCUAGAACUACACCAAGGAUGUUGCCUGAACCACAUGCACUGGUUAUCACAAACGAAUAUCCUCAAAAUGCUGAUUUUCCUCGGAAUUAUUCAAGAAAGGAGAAGAAGCCCUUUCCAAUACCCAUAGUUGAGUUGAGACGAGCUGCAAGGGAGAGGCUCAAGAAGCGCAAAGGCCAACCUAAAGGACGUGCACCACCUCCAAAGAAUGGUUUGCUCGUUCAAUGCCUGGUGCCACUUGCUUAUGAUGUAUUCAAUGCAAGGAUCACGUUAAUUAACAAUCUCAAAAAACUGUUAAAAGUGGUUCCUGUGCAUGCUUGUGGGUGGUGUAACGAGCUCCACGUGGGACCUGAAGGACAUCCAUUCAAGUCAUGUAAAGGCAAACAUGCCACCUUCCGCAAGGGUCUUCAUCAGUGGACAAAUGCAGCUGUCGAAGAUGUACUUGUGCCAAUAGAAGCCUACCACCUUUAUGAUCCUCUUGGAAAACGAAUUAAACAUGAGGAGAGAUUUUCAAUUCCCCGAAUUCCUGCAGUAAUGGAGCUCUGUAUCCAAGCUGGUGUUUACGUUUCUGAAUAUCCAACAAAAAGGAGAAGAAAACCAAUUAUUCGCAUCGGAAAAAGGGAAUUUGUUGAUGCAGAUGAAAGUGACCUACCAGACCCCGUCCCAGAAGUUCCUCUAAAGCCAAUAUUAACCGAAUUACCCAUCUCAAAAGCAGUAGCCCCAGCUAAUGAAGAAGAAAAAACCUUGCUUGCCGAGGAAACACUACAAGCAUGGGAAAAGAUGAGGAAAGGAGCCAAGAGGUUAAUGCAGAUGUACCGCGUCAGAGUUUGUGGAUAUUGCCCGGAGGUGCAUGUGGGACAUAGCGGACACAAGGCACAGAACUGUGGGGCCCACAAGCACCAACAACGGAACGGACAGCAUGGUUGGCAGUCUGCUGUUCUUGAUGACUUGAUACCGCCAAGAUAUGUGUGGCAUGUUCCUGAUGUGGAUGGGCCGCCAUUGCGAAGGGAGCUGAAGAACUUCUAUGGUCAAGCCCCUGCUGUUGUAGAAAUUUGCGUUCAGGCUGGUGCUGCUGUACCAGACCAGUACAAAUCAACCAUGAGGUUGAAUAUUGGGAUCCCUUCCAGUGUUAAAGAGGCUGAAAUGGUUGUUUAAGGUAUUCUUCUCACCUCCUUCAGGCAAGUUGUAGAGUGCGUGUAAAGUAUUGAAAGGGAAGACAAUGCAUAGAUUCUUUCAGGAAAUGGUAGCAGUUUUCUUCGAUUUUGGGCCCCUGACUCUCUCAAACCAUCUCUGAUUCUAUUCAAUGGUCGAAAUUACUGAUA